AGGGGGAGGGGGCGAAGCGGUUGUGGCCUUUGAGUCUGGGAGGUGCGUCGCCAUUUUGACCGCUGUGUUUAAAUAUCGAGGGAAGGAAAGAGGGACAAACUUUCUCCUCCCCGGGCGCUGAGAAAAAAAAAAUUACAGGCGCUUUUCGCAGCUUCUUUCCCCCACCCCCUCCUUUAAAACGUCCCAUUCCUUCUAUCUUCAACCUACCCUCCCCGCAACCCCGGGUAAGGAAGGACGAGAUGAAGCUGACGGAUAAUGUGCUGCGCAGCUUCCGAGUGGCUAAGGUGUUCCGAGAGAACACGGACAAGAUCAACUGCUUCGACUUCUCACCUAACGGAGAGACGCUCAUCUCCAGCAGCGACGAUGACUCCAUCGUCCUUUACGACUGCCAAGAGGGCAAACCAAAGAGGACACUUUACAGUAAGAAGUAUGGGGUAGACCUGAUCAGAUACACACAUGCAGCAAAUACAGUGGUUUACAGUUCUAACAAAAUCGAUGAUACCAUCCGGUACUUGUCACUUCAUGACAACAAAUACAUUAGAUAUUUCCAUGGUCACAGCAAAAGGGUUGUAGCAUUAUGUAUGUCUCCUGUGGAUGACACUUUCAUGUCCAGUUCCUUGGAUAAAACCAUUAGACUGUGGGACCUUCGAUCACCUAAUUGCCAGGGAUUAAUGCACCUUCAGGGGAGGCCAACAUGUUCUUUUGAUCCUGAGGGACUUAUAUUUGCAGCUGGUGUGAAUUCUGAAAUAAUUAAACUUUAUGAUCUACGAUCAUUUGACAAGGGUCCUUUUGCCACUUUUAAAAUGCAGUAUGAGCGGACAUGCGAGUGGACAGGACUGAAAUUCAGCAAUGAUGGAAAACUGAUGCUGGUGUCUACCAAUGGUGGUAUGGUCAGACUCAUCGAUGCAUUUAAAGGAGCAGUACUUCAAACAUUUGGGGGAUACAACAACAACAAAGGUAUUAGUUUGGAAGCAUCGUUCACACCAGAUUCUCAGUUUGUGAUGAUAGGAUCUGAGGAUGGUAAAGUUCAUGUGUGGAAUGCAGAAAGUGGGUUAAAGGUGGCUGUUUUGGAUGGAAAGCAUACAGGUCCUGUCUCUUGCCUCCAGUUUAAUCCCAAAUUUAUGACAUUUGCCAGUGCAUGUUCAAACAUGGCGUUUUGGCUACCUACAAUUGAUGACUGAAGAAAGAAAGAAAUUGGUAUUUUUUAAAGUUGGCUGAGAAAUCAAUGACAGACUGAAUGCGGAAAGUGGAUGCCCAGAUUUUCUGGGGGUCUCCAUAGAGUUGUGAACUUGAUUACAGGCUGACAAAAAAAAUCUUUGUGCUUGGAUGUCAAUGGUCGUGGUGAUGAUUACAUCUGCGUAUGUUCUUGAAGAAGUAGUGAAAGUGAAGACUUUUUUGCCCACUAUUCUUCCCUCAUCAAAUAGUCUUCAGAUUUUGAACUCAUCCCUGCUGCAUGAUUUUUUUUUCUUGGGUACAUGCCAACUGCCUUUUAAAACUAUUGUUGAAGAUACUGGAAUUUCUUUUUCAGUAGGAACUUGCAAGUUGUCUGGGAACAUGGACAGUACUAGCCACAAGAUGUUGGGGCCCAGUGCCAGUAUGGCUGUGAUUUCAUUUCACAUCUCAUCCAGAGUUAGACUAGGUGUUCAGCUCAUUAAAAACUGAAGAUUCAAUUCAGCAUUUCAUCAAAAUGGAUGUCAGCAUGUGAAGAACAGAAUCUCCUUGUUUGGAUUAUAUGGUUAGCUUUUCAGAAGAACCAAGCUAAAAUCAGACUGCUAUAUUUUUGGCAAUGUCAGCCAGCAUCUGAAAAGAAACUUAAGUUUACCCUUCAAGCCAGUGAUGUUUCAUCAUAGCUGUCAUGAACUUGAAUCAUUUAACUCUUUCUCCUGUUUUCCAGAGUUUCAGCAUCUGUGGCAGUGUGCAUUUCAGAGUUGAGCCAGUUGAUUUACUGUGGUACUCUAAAUCACUUGCAACUGCUCUUGAAUUUUAAUUUGAAAUAUAUCACUGUUUCUAUAUUUGUAUAUUUGUACAGUACAAAACCUGGUUUCAGUUCAGAACAAACUAUUCUUAAGAAUGUUCUUGAGAUAUCCUUUGUGAAUACAGUCAGGUGAUUUCAGUGGGAUGGUUUUUUGUAUUUUCUUUCAUUGUUCUGUCCUUAAAUUUGCCUAGUUCUUAAAUGUUAUCAAAUGCGCACUCUCACAUGUAAAUUUUAAUGGGUUUUGUUUGCUGUCUCCCUUUCUCCAUCAGCAUUUUGAAAUAUUAAAAACUCUUGAAAAUAUAUUGUAGUGAGAUGUGUUUUGCAGCUUUGAAUAAGUUUGCUUCUAUUGUUAGGGUGUUUUGAUGUGCCAAAGAAACAUUUCUGCCACAACCAGGAAAGUAUUAUUUACUAUGCAAAAACCUGAGGAUCUAUGAUCCAUCAAGUUAAAUAUUUGAAACCACUGAAGCCCUUUGGAAGGUGAAUUUUUUUGGGAGGAUGUUAAAACAAUAAAUUGCACACAGCUGGCAAAAAAGCCUCAUGGCUUUUACUUUUCCUGGAAAAUUUUGAAUGAUCUGAAGUAUUGAAUUGAGGUUUUGGUUUACAGUAGAGGUCAGAAUCUCUCACCAUUCAUAUGCAAUUUUUCAGAACUUGAGAGGGGGAGGGAAAAGUGGUUCCUCCUUUCAGUUGACUGUCUUGGCAACAAUUCGUGCUGGCCAGUUCCACAAUUGAUGAUAGGCCAGAGAAUUUCAACUUUUCUGAUUAUAGGGGAUUUUGCAUUUUUGUGAUGAUUGGAAGAUUAAUCUAAUCUAUUAAUGGAAUCUUUAGUGGAGUUAUCUGCAAAAACAAUUUUACUUCCAGUAAUUAUAAGAGGAUGCAACAUUUCACAGUGCCCUUCAAGUGCAGAUUCUGUACCUAAAUUGUUACGAUUGUUUUCAAAUGGCACUACCAAUGCAACUCCUAGGCUUUGAGUGAAUACCUCAACUUUGAUGGUUAAUCCUGAUGGAAAGUUAAAGAAUUGGAUUAAGUGCAAAAGUCAUCACUUUGUGAAGUGAGUUUUUAUUUUAAGAGAGUGAUGGACUAUAACACACCUUGCAGCUGGCAUAAGGUUGUUUUGGCAAAGCUCUUGUACUUGAGACUUGAAUUUGAGGUGUUUCCCGAGUUUUUUAAUGCAGUCUUGUUAAUGCAGAAUUUUCAAUCCUGUCAGAAAAUAAAUAUUGUGGAUAGGAUACAAUUGAAGGGAACCACUAGUUUGUGAAAUCUCGAUUAUUUUCUUUGAGUUAGGAUUGUGAAGUACUAACUUGACUUUUUCUGAUCUCCCAAAUUCUGCUCAGCCUGCUGUGUUUUUACCAGUGUUCACUUUUUCCAGUAUUCACCUGUUGCUUUAUAAUCGUCUUAUUUAUGGACAGGUGUUCCAUUAGUGUGACCUAGUGAAAUUAACUGUCCUUUUCUGUAUAUCCUUGAUUGUUCAAUUCAGCGAUUUUUUUUCUCUCUCUCUCAGUUGCUUUGUUCAAUAGAUUAUGGACUUCAUGUUUUAUUUAAACCCCCCCCCCCCCCCCCAAAAGACAAUAAAAAUAUAAAUGGCCUGAGGUGAGCAGUAAUUCUUUAGCAGGUCCCACAGCUUUGAGCAAUGAAUAUGUGCAAUUACUCAAGUCUAAAUAGCAUAACAAUAGUGUCAAAAGUCAUUCAUAUUGGUUUGGUUUGCUGAGGUAGAUAUAGAAUCAAAAAAUUUGUUUUGAAAAUAUCUUAGCAGUUUGACUCCUGAGAACCUUCUGACUUGUACUCUGCUCAUCACCUGCAGCAUUCACUAUUGGGCUUUUGGAUCACAUGAUAGCUGGUGUACAUCAUGGCUGUAACCUCCGCAAUAUUAGGAGUCUUUUGCAGUAUAUUCUGUCAUAAGUAUUGAAGAAUUAUGAAACAUAUGCAAGUUCUAAUGUGCAGCAGUACUUGGGUCUUGCACUGCCUGAAAGGUAGUAAAUGAUUUCUGGCACAUUAAAUGUGAUACUUCACAUAUCCUUGCAAUAAAUUUAAAUAUAAUGUAUAUAAUACCUAUAGUAAUGAAAUAAAUACUGUUAAUGUGGUUUUAAUCUCUGGUAUUUUCGGAGCUAAUCAUAUUGCCAUAAAUACUGUUCCCAGCCAGCUUCUGUAGUUUAAUUCCUUGCGGUAAUCUUAUUAUUUUAUAUCUCUGUGGUAUUUAAUGUUUUAUAUCGUUUCAUAAAAAUUUUUUUAUUAAAGAAAAGGGCCAGUGACUGUUUGCUGUUGAAAAUGCAAGGAUGCAAUUUUGUGUUGGUAGAUAAUCUGGUGCUUCCCCAUGUGCAUCAAAGUAAUUUUUGAUGGGCUUGUUCUCCUUGAAUGAUCCUGUCAUGUUCUUGGCAUUAAGACACUUUCCACUCUCUUUGCUCUGAGUAUAUCUAUCAGAGAGGUGCUUGAAAGAGAGGCAAAACCUUUUCUUUUUUCCAAAAGAAACGGAGCACAGGGAAGAUGUUUUAAACAGUGACCAGUGCAAUUUGUUCUUGAAUAUGGUGAAAUUGUCUUCAUUGGUUAUAAAGCUAUUGUAUUGCAAAAUUUUGUAUAAAGCUUUUGCAUAUUGCUAGUGUAUACAUGAAGAUUUGCUUGGAAAUAUUUCUGUAAACUGUGGUAAAAUUAAAUUAGACAUUUAUUUCAUCAA